UUUAUUUUGGAUUAGGAUUCCCAUGGCAUGUGAACUAGAAGAUAAUUUGAAAUAGAAGGUCUCUUUAUUCUGAAGUGACAGUCUUUACCAAAAUGGUUGGAAAACUCAAACAGAACUUGCUAUUGGCAUGUCUGGUGAUCAGUUCAGUGACAGUGUUUUAUCUGGGCCAACACGCUAUGGAGUGUCACCAUCGAAUAGAAGAACGCAGCCAGCCUGUGAGGAUGGAAAGUGUGAGAAGCACAGUAAGAACUGCUUCCGAUGUAAAUGCAAACAAAACCUUUGCUUACAACAAAGACAUGCCUUUAAUAUUUAUUGGAGGAGUACCUCGAAGUGGCACUACCUUAAUGCGUGCCAUGCUUGAUGCCCAUCCGGAUAUUCGAUGUGGGGAAGAGACAAGGGUAAUCCCGCGAAUUCUGGCAGUUAAGCAGAUGUGGGCUAGAUCAAGCAAAGAGAAGAUCCGACUGGAUGAAGCUGGAGUCACAGAUGAGGUUCUAGACUCAGCCAUGCAAGCAUUUUUAUUGGAAAUCAUUGUGAAACAUGGGGAGCCUGCUCCAUAUUUGUGUAACAAAGAUCCUUUUGCUUUAAAAUCCUUAACUUAUCUUGCUAGAAUUUUCCCCAAUGCCAAAUUUCUUCUAAUGGUACGGGAUGGUCGUGCAUCUGUGCAUUCCAUGAUAUCUAGAAAAGUCACAAUAGCUGGAUUUGACCUUAACAGUUAUAGGGACUGCUUGACCAAGUGGAAUCGUGCUAUAGAAACUAUGUAUAACCAGUGUAUGGAGGUUGGUUUUGAAAGGUGUAUGCUGGUACAUUAUGAACAACUCGUAUUGCAUCCUGAAAGAUGGAUGAGAACUCUCUUAAAGUUUCUUCGCAUCCCAUGGAACCAAGCAGUGCUGCACCAUGAGGAAAUGAUUGGAAAAGCGGGAGGUGUUUCUCUUUCAAAAGUUGAAAGAUCUACUGACCAAGUAAUCAAGCCAGUCAAUGUGGAAGCAUUGUCAAAGUGGGUUGGGAAGAUACCUGCUGAUGUUCUGCAAGAUAUGCCAGUGAUUGCACCCAUGCUAGCAAAACUGGGUUAUGAUCCGUAUGCCAAUCCACCAAAUUAUGGAAAGCCAGAUCAAAAAGUUGUGGAAAACACAAGGAGGGUCUUUAAAGGUGAAUUUCAGCUUCCAGACUUCCUUAAAGAUGUGCCACAG